CUUCCCAAGCCGGCACUCACCCUGGAAACGCCAUGUUCAGCUCGAGCGCGAAGAUUGUGAAGCCCAACGGCGAGAAGCCGGACGAGUUCGAGUCCGGCAUCUCCCAGGCGCUACUCGAGCUAGAGAUGAACUCGGACCUCAAAGCGCAGCUUCGAGAGCUGAACAUAACGGCGGCCAAGGAAAUUGAAGUUGGUGGUGGUCGGAAAGCUAUUAUAAUCUUCGUUCCUGUUCCUCAACUGAAAUCCUUCCAGAAAAUCCAAGUCCGGCUGGUCCGCGAAUUAGAGAAAAAGUUCAGUGGGAAGCACGUUGUCUUCAUCCACUGCCAGCGAGAGUCGAGUGCCUAUGAGCACCAGUCUGGGAAACGCUAUCCUGGGCUGCUGAUCACCUCCCAUGUGGCCCAUCGGCACAGCAGCAGCCUCACCUCCUACAGCCCGUACUGCGGCUGA